AGAAUAGCUAAGAAAGUGUAGUGUGAGUGCUCUAAGUUGGUUAGGGACGACAAACAAAAACAAUUAAAGUAGUACAACAGGCAUGCGGUCCAACACGCUAUAUCUUUGUCGUGAGCAUAGGAUAGCCCACUGGCCCUGGGCAGUGAGCACUGUUCUCAUCCUGGUUGGAAACGCGGCCUGAAUUGCCAUUGCUCACCAUUCUCGUCGGAAACUGCCAAAAUUUCCGGAAGCCCUCAUUGUUUUGUGUAGAUAGAUGCUGUCAUAUAGGGGCGCACUUAAAGUGUUUGAAUAAUUGUCUACCUGAUAUAAGUUUGGGAUAUUCCGUGGCUAAGAGGCUGUUCAUUGUCAUUUGACAUUUUGGAAUGAUAAAGACUUUGGUUCUCCCUUGCAAGACCUUUCUUCCUGGAAAGCUUGUAAGAUCUAACCAGGUGAAGUGCAAGGGAAUAAGGAUGGAGCUCACUAUAGCACGUCCUGAUGAUUGGCAUCUUCACCUUCGUGAUGGGGAUCUUCUCAAAGCUGUUAUUCCUCACAGUGCAAACCACUUUGGAAGGGCAAUAGUGAUGCCAAAUGUGAAACCUCCUGUCACUACAACAGCUGCAGCUGUGGCUUAUCGAGAAUCCAUCUUAAGUGCACUGCCUGCUGGUAGUGACUUCACUCCUCUCAUGACACUUUAUUUGACAGAUACGACUAGUCCGAAUGAGAUCAAGCUUGCAAGGAAAAGUGGAGCUGUAUUUGGUGUGAAGUUGUACCCUGCAGGUGCAACAACAAAUUCUCAAGAUGGGGUAACAGAUCUUUUUGGGAAAUGUCUACCUGUACUUGAGCAAAUGGUUGAGCAGAAUAUGCCUUUGUUGGUUCAUGGGGAGGUUACGAAUCCUGAUGUUGAUGUAUUUGAUCGUGAAAAGGUUUUCAUUGAGACUAUUUUGCAACCCUUAAUCCAGAGGCUUCCACUGCUGAAAGUUGUGAUGGAGCAUAUAACCACUGCAGAUGCUGUUAGGUUUGUGGAGUCAUGCAAAGAAGGAUUUGUGGCAGCAACUGUCACACCACAGCAUCUAUUGCUCAAUAGAAAUGCUAUAUUCCAAGGUGGAUUACAGCCUCAUAAUUAUUGUCUUCCCGUCCUCAAAAGAGAAAUCCACAGACAGACAAUUGUGUCCGCUGUUACCAGUGGGAGUAAAAGAUUUUUCCUAGGUACUGACAGUGCCCCUCAUGAUAGACGAAACAAAGAAUGCCCUUGUGGGUGUGCUGGUAUAUACAACUCCCCUGUAGCACUAUCAGCAUAUGCCAAAGUCUUCGAAGAGGCUGGGGCUCUUGACAAGCUAGAGGCAUUUGCAAGCUUUAAUGGACCAGAUUUUUAUGGACUUCCUAGAAACUCCACAAAAAUAAAAUUGGGCAAGAAUCCUUGGAAAGUUCCGGAUUCAUACUCAUUCUCGUUCGGAGAAAUCGUCCCAAUGUUUGCUGGAAAAACACUUGAUUGGAAAGCAUCCUUAAAUUGAAUCCGCUGUCAUAUUAAGAGAAAAGGGCCAUGAUUUCCCUUUUCAUCAUCAUUUCUUGCUAUGAAUUUUAAAGGCCAACAGUUCUAAGACUCCUUUGGAUCACGAGGCAUUCAUCAAUAUAUGAGCAAAGUUGAGAUUGUUAUGAACCAUCUUUUGCUCAUUUGGGUUUGGAGUUUUUUCAACCGAGCGACCUUACUAGUUGAUACUAGUGAAGUGAUGGCAUGAUUAGUUUGAUUGGUAACCAUACUCCACCACUAAUCUUUGAGAUUUAUGGAUCGAGUUUAUUUGAGUAUUCAUAUAAUAAGUAAAAUGAUAUAUGUGUAUGAUUUUUAA